GAGAGCCAGAGAGAGCAGAAAAAUAAAAAUUUCCAGCGGCGUCGGUGGAUUUGGUUUGUUCUCAACGCUGCGCCGCAGUUUCGUGUAUUUGCCUGCUUUAUUCCACUCCGAUUUGUUAAAAGAAAAGCAAGCGUUCCAUGUCAGACAUGCUGAAAAUGGCAAAUGCUGCAAAUCCACUGCAAACAAUGAAGAAAACAAACGGCGACGAGGAGUCCGAGGAAUCUGAUAUGGAAGAAGAGGAGGAAGAGGAAGAAGAGGAGGACGAUCUGCCGGACGAUGUGGUUCUCCAAAUCGACAGCGAGGAUGAGGCCGAGCUGGAAGCGCAACGCAUCCGCUUGGUGGAAGAGGAAGCAGCAAAGACAACAAAAAAAGCAGAGAAAGAGAAACAGCAGCAGCAACAACAACAAGAGCAAGCGCAGGUCAGUAACGGUAAAGCAGAGCAGCUGGUGGAAACUGGUAAACCCAAACGCAAACCCCGUGGAAGGCCCAAGCGCAGGGUUUCCACUAGUUCUCAGGGUUCCAGCGUUGCUUCCCUCGCAUCAUGUGGCUCCCUGGUAGCCGCUCAAGUUCUGGCCGACGAGAAGUCACGUCGCUUCAUCUAUAGCUGUUCCAGCUGCACGCACCACUAUGCCGACAAUCUGAUCCUCUCCAGACACUUUCGGCGGGAGCAUGCCGAGAAGCCGAAGAGAAAGCGGGGAAAACCCAAAGCUUCUUCUCUUGAAGAUCAUGUGGUUACUCCUCCACUGAACCUUGACCCCCUAGAAAUGGGUCACCUCAAGCCCUGCGCCCAGUUGCUUGUCCAAGGGGAUUCUCUGCUGCAACUGUGCCUCGCCUGCAACUCUCAAUUUGUGGAUGAGCUACGCUUCCAGGAGCAUCUCAGCCAACAGCAUGGUUAUUUCAAGCUAAUGCUGCCCAAGGAGGAACCCACUGAUCUCCCGCCGCAUGCCAUGGUCACCAUUCCGGGGGCUCUGGCUUUAAGCAAGACCAAUUCCCAGUUGCAGCUGCCCAUUCCGGCUCCAGAAACUCCACCACCCGAACAGGAUGUCAAGGAGCCAACAGGGAAUGCCGUGUCGAAUGACAAGGAGGAUUUGGCUAUGAUCAAUGCCAUGGUGGCGCAGAUGGCAGCCGAGCGCUUGAAGAAAACCAACAGUCCCAAGGUUAGUAAGAUGAUCAUCAAGCUACCCACAAAUAAUAAAAGGGGCAGGAAGCGGACCAAACCGGAGAAGGUCAGGGACAACAUAGAGCAGUCUGAGAAAAGCAGCGAGAGGAAGCAGAAGUCGGAGAAAAAAGCGAAAAUAGAUAAGGGGGAGGCCCAACAACAAGAUUUGCAGCUAUUUCCGGCGAAGAAUUCUCAUAAAGAGUUGGAUCAGCUGCCACAGAAGUCUGCAAUAAAGGAACAACAGAAGGUGGUUGGAAAGGGUCAGGAUCAUAUUAAGAAAGAUCUUGGGUCACCUGAAAAACUAAUAGAAGAGCCCCAUCAUGUGGAUAAAACAGAAAAGGAUGACCUGCAGCCGCUUAUAAUUGAUCUAAAGGAUAAGCAACUACCAGAGAUGUCUGCAAAGGAGCUUCAGUCUCCGGAAGAGAACCAUCAGUUGGCAGAGACUUCUGUUAAGGAGAAACAGCCAGUCGCGCAGCCAGUUAAGGAGAUUAUAUUGCCGGAGGAACCAGUUAAGGAGAUGCAGCCACAGCAGUUGACCAUUGAACAAGAAUCACAAAAUGAUGGCAAAGAUCAACAACAGCAGUUAAACCCAGGACAACCACUUCCAGAAGAAUCUGCCAAUUUGAAGAAGGUAGAGAAAGAGCAUAUGCAAGAGACAGAGCAGGAUCAGCAGCAUCUCGUUGAAGAACCUUCCAAUCCAGCAAAGCGCAAGCGUGGCCGAAAAGAGAACAAGUCACCCACACCCGUACUCAUUCCGCUGGAAGACAAAGAAAUCAAGGAGGAGCAAGAGAUCACAGAGCGCCGUAUGCGUAAGAGCCGAAGUCAUGUAGACUAUGUUGUGGAAAUCAAGGAUGAAGAAGAGGACGACGAGGAGGAGGAAGAGGUAGAUGAUGACUCCUCAGCUACUGUUUCGCCGCUGAACAGCUCAACGGACGAGAGUUUCACAUCGAUUAAACGUGAGUCAUCCGAGGAGUCGCUUCAGAACGGAAAUGCAGGCAUACACACAUGCAAUUUCUGUGGCAAAACCUUCAAGCGUUUCUCGAGAAUGCAAGAUCACUUGCGCCUUCACACCGGAGAGAAACCCUUUGUGUGUGGACAAUGUGGCAGGGCUUUCCGCUUGAAGAUGCGUCUCGUAGAGCAUCAAUUGCGUCAUCGCACCGAAAAGGCAUACAAAUGCGAUAUCUGUUCAAUGCCACUGGCCACCAAGCAGGAUCUUUCGCUGCAUAUGCGUCAUCACAGGAACGAUCGACGCUACAAGUGCGACAAAUGUAAUAAGGGAUUCGUUCGCAGCUCAGAUUUGUCCAUCCACGUGCGCAUUCAUACAGGCGAAAAGCCAUACAGUUGCGAUAUUUGCAGCAAGGCGUUCCGUGCUCGCCAGAAUCUAGUAGUCCAUCGACGCACUCAUCUCGGCGACAAACCCAUUCAGUGCGAGUUGUGUGACAAGCGUUUCGCCCGUAAGAUUGACAUGCGGGUGCACAUGCGCAGGCACACAGGUGAAAAGCCCUAUAAUUGCGAUCAAUGUGAACGUGGCUACUCCUCCCGUGUGAAUCUAAUGCGUCAUCAGGAGCGUGAGCAUGGCAAGGAGGACAAGACCUCUGGAACUGCCAAGGCAACUAAAAGACGACGGGCUUCGUCAAAAGAAAAGGAUCAAGAAAAAGAUGCUAUGGCAGGCAAGGCAGCAGCACGGCGUCCGCGACGCGAGAAGCUGCAGCAAAAGAUUGCAGCCCAGGAGAAACUACUCAAUGACCUGAAGCGCAGCUUAAGUGCUCUCCCCGAAAUACCCGAGGAGGUUAGACCGGAUGAAGCCGCCAAGGAGUUACCAGCAGAUGCGGGAGCAGGCUGUGCCCAAGUACAAGUCACUGUGUCCAUGCAAAUGGAACCGGCACGCAGUCCCGAAGACGACGAGGAGAUAACGCCGGAGAAGGAGAACGUUUUGUCCAGUUCGACAAGUGCCGAUGGCAAAUCGACAAAGGCAAACCGCAAGAUCACCAGCUACUUUACCGUUGUGGGUCAACAGGCGGAAAUCUAAAGACUUAAGUUCAGGGUCAGCAACACUUCUUACUCAUUAACUUUUAAGAUGCCACUGUACUUGGAAAUGAUGGAGACAUUUCCCUAGCGUAGCGUACACCUCGCAAUUUAACUUUUUUGGAUUUAAAAUGCAAUCUUGCAUCAGGGAUCAAGUAUUUUCUAUAUAUUCUAUAUUUAUAUAUUUACGAAUUAAUUUUUGAGAACCUACGGAGAAACGUUGUGAAGGACAUUGAACCGAAAAAGAACAAGAAAAGACUACUUUUUAAAAGAAAUAUUGAUAUUUGAUAUGAAACAAUCAAGCAAGAGACUGCAAAGAUAAGGUAUAUAUUUUUCUAUAGACAGAGCAACUUUUGUGAACAAAAUAAGUUAAACUAUGUAAAAAAAAAAUAUCAAUUAACUAGCAAGUAAGUUAGUAAGGGAAAUGUUUGCAACCUCAAAAGCAAGUAAAAUAUUUUUGGAAACUCAAACUUAGCCGCCACUCGAAUUUCGUUUAAACCGAAUUGAAGUCUCAAUCAACGAUUUUUUUCAUAAAUAAUUUGUAAACAAACCCCCCAAACGACAAUUCAAUCUUAUCGAGCUUCAAUAUAUCAGCAAAAUAUGAUAUUUAUAAACAAAUGCGCACACAACGAUUCGAAUUUGAUUUGCAAACAUUUUCCUUCGCCAUUCCCCUCGCAUUUAUAUGCCGAACAAUCUGAAGAAUAUUUUACAAUUUCAUUUAAUUUCGAAAAGCACAUGAAAUCAAUUGCAAGUCAUUUAGUAUGCAAUUUAUAUAAAAUCUCCAAUAUAUAUACUCAAAAUUCCACAAACAAAUUUAGUUUUAUGAAUAUAAUUUAAUCAUUUUAUUGUAUAAGCAAAUGAAUUAACCUUGCGGAAAGAGGUUUUAUAUAAUUUCCCUUGGUAAGAAUUCUGAACUAUCUCAGCUUUCUGCUAACUUUAUAUUUAAUUUAUAUAUAUUUACGCAUUUAAUUUAACAUAUUUACUUAAUUUCUCGAAUCGUAAGCGUAGUGAAAAGACAAUGCAAAAAGUCAGCAACGUUUAUUUUUCAACAUACACUGAACGCAUUUUUUGUAAAUUGAAUUUGUGGCAGCUUCUCUCAUUUUUUUAGCAUCUAAGAGAGUCCAAUGAAUAUACGUUACUUUAUAAUUUCA